AGCACUCGGCCGCAGACGCGCACGGACGGUCCCAGCCCGAGACGCUCGCCAGAUCCCCGAUCGAAAAGGCAUCCUGCAAGAUGGGAGACUGGGGAUUCUUGUCGUCCUUACUGGACAAGGUCCAGUCGCACUCCACCGUCGUCGGCAAGAUCUGGAUGACGGUCCUCUUCCUGUUCCGGAUCAUGGUCCUGGGCGCCGGGGCCGAGAGCGUGUGGGGCGACGAGCAGUCCGACUUUGUGUGCAACACGCAGCAGCCCGGUUGCGAGAACGUCUGCUACGACCGGACCUUCCCCAUCUCGCACAUCCGUUUCUGGGUCCUUCAGAUCAUCUUCGUGUCCACGCCCACGCUGGUCUACCUGGGCCACGCCAUGCACGUCAUCCACCGCGAGAACAAGCUCCGCGAGAAGCUGGCCAGCCCCGGCGGGCCGCGCCGCCUCAAGUCGCCCAAGUACACCGACGACAAGGGCAACGUGACCAUCAAGGGGAACCUCCUGGGCAGCUACCUCACCCAGCUGGUUUUCAAGAUCCUCAUCGAGGCGGCCUUCAUCACCGGUCAGUACUACCUGUACGGUUUCGUCAUGGUGCCCAUGUUCCCGUGCUCCAGGAAGCCGUGCCCGUUCACCGUCGAGUGCUACAUGUCGCGCCCCACCGAGAAGACCGUCUUCAUCAUCUUCAUGCUGGCCGUGGCGUGCCUGUCCCUGGUCCUCAACGUGGUCGAGGUCUUCUACCUGCUGUGCGCCCGAUGCAAGGCCAAGCCCGGGUCCCGGAGGGGGAACUCGGCCGACUACCCGGUGGCGCUGUCGCACCCCGCCUGGCCGUCGCAAGACGACGCCCUGAAGCAGAACAAGAAGAACUUUGACUUGGAGAUGGAGACCGGCCAGAGUCUGGGAGGGAGUCUGGACGGCGCCAAGGAGGAGAAGGGCCUGCUGGACGAACACUUGCGCUCUUAGCGCGUUAGCAAGUCGGCGCGGAACUCGGCUUUUUCCUCCUCGGGAUUCAUUUUGUAAUUCUUUCUUUUCAAAUGGAAACAAACAAACCAAAAACUACGACAACAAAAAAAAAAUCAAGUCAAUCAGAGAUUGUGGUAUUUACUCGAUGGUUUUUGAAUCUGUUGAAGUUGCAAAACGGCGAUGACGAUCGGCGGCGAGCGGCUCGCCCCGCCCCCCGCCCGACUCGUCACGUUGGAAACUGAACACACUUUGCCCAGUAAAUAAUUUUUUCCCGUAAAUUUGAAGAAAGCAAAUUCCUGUGUAAAUUAGUCCUACGAAACCAGUCCGGACCGGACCGGACCGCUAGCGCUCUUAGCUCCGUUAGCACGUCAGAACUUUGUUUGAGUCCAUUUUUCAUUUCUUUAUCCAAACGAUAAUGUAAAAAUCAAGACAAAAUUAUGUUGUUGCUGUAUUUCUGUUCUUUCUUGACUUUUCUCGACUCUCACGUUUUUGGUUUUUUUUUUUUCGAUUCCGUUUAAGUUAUUUUUCAUGUGCAGGAAUAUCAGAAAUGCUAAUAAUGAUAUUGCAUAUUCUUUGGUGCGGGCAGCGCGGGAUCGAUUCCCGCCCAGCGGCACUCCCUGAAACCCUUGUGAGGAUAAGCGGCUUGGAAAAUGGACAUGCUCGAUUCCUCCUCUGAUUUUUUUCAAGUCAUA